AUGCACAAAUUAAAUCUACCAAUCGACAAAAAGGAAGCAGCUGCAAUCGAGAGACGUAGGAUAGCUGAAGAACAAAGAAAAGCCAGGAUUUUCAAUGAGCGGAUUAGACUUAUAGGGGUUGACGAGAGUACAUUGGCACAACAGGUGAAGGAUAAGAAAGAGCGGGAAGAGCUUGAACGUUGCCAAGACAUCGCUUACGGUAAAGAUGCUGAGCGCAAUGACAAAAUUGCAAUCCUUUUGGAGAGACGUCAGCAGAGAGAACAGCGAGAAAUGAAUCGGGCCUUGAACGAAUUUAGACUGCAACAUCAACAGCCAAGCUCUCGUCGUGAAUUCGACCUCAAUGACCCGGAUGCAAAGAAAAAGGAUAGACCAGCUCGCAUUUCGGAUGAUGAUCCGAGAUGCGGGGUCUCAUCAAUACAGAAGUUUGUCGGCGAGGAUCUAACGAAAAAAUCGCGUGAGAAGUUUCAGCAGGAACAAAUGCAGAGUUGGUUCGAUCAGCAAAUCGAAGAACGGAAUAGGACUGAAUGUGCUAGAAAGCAUGAUGAGCACCUGCGGGCGUUGUAUGGGCGGACGAUGGAUGGACGCGUACAAGCAAUGGCGCGAGCUGAGGCGGCGUGCCGCCGCGCGGUACAAUGUGCAGUGCGCCGCUACAAUGAGGCGCUUGCGGCUGAGCGCGCAGAUACAGAGCGAGCUCAGCGACGGUGCGAGGAGGAGGCGAACGCCUGCGAGAUCAUCAAUUGCAUUAACUCCGACCUCCUUACUGAAAACCCCGCUCAGGCCAUUUCUGCCUUUGGACCGCAUCGUAUCUGCCCUGACCGCUACAAAGGCUUUUCACCCGAACAGCUUGCCGAAAUCCGUCAGAAACAGUGCCUACAAAUUCGCGAGAAAGCGUGCAGAGAAGCAGAGGAGAAGCAGUUAAACAACCAAAUCGACAGUGAACGUAUAAAGGCGAGCAGAGUAAGUCUAGUCCUCGAACGAAACCUGGAACAGCAGGCUCGUGAUUAUCGGAAGAGGGUAGCUCAGGAAAACUUGCUACUCGCCAAGGAUCAGAAGACCUUUCAAAAGUAUCUCAAUGAAGAGGUGAGCAAAUAUCUUGUGGAAUUCCCAUGCUCUCAUUAUUGCCCUUCUUCGUACGAUGCAUAG